AAAUUCACACGCGCAAUGGUGGCAUCUCAGGUGAGGCGAAAGAUGCUAAAACCCUAAGCUGACAGAGUAAGCGGAAAAAACCGUGGGAACCCUUUUGCCUUCACCAAACGCAGUCUUUAUCUUCUUCGUCAACAAAAAAUCGUUAUCUUCUCCGCCACCGCGAUUCCCAUUCUUCACAAAUAUCAGAACUCAAUGGAGCCACCCGCAAAAAAGUGGCUCCUACCUAGGUCACGCAUGCGCCAGAGAACCACUAAAAUCCACUACACAGGUUCAAGCAGGUAGCCAUAGCAGAAUCAAAGACACAACACAAUCUUCAUUUCCCACCUCGUUCUUCCAGAAGCACUUACAAACAAUAAAUCACGUUUAUAAUCGAACUGUGUCUUCAUCUCCGCAGCAUUUUUUGGGCCACUUUUUAAAAUCUCCGUCACUCGCAUUUUCUAAUUGCGAACUAAGAAGUGUGGCGUCGUGGAUAGAGAGAUCCAAGGCCCAGGCUGGCCCAACGAAGAAAAAGCCCGAAUCGCGUCCACGUUCGGCGAAUUAGAACCGAUGUUAUCGACUUGGAACCCAUGGGUUCAAUCAGAAUGGCCGAAGCCUGGUUCGUCAAGAUCGCGUGCACCAUUUUCGUUCGCUCUUCCUCGGUGGACCCUUUCCUGGGCUAUUUCAGUAAGCACCUAACCCCUUCGCUCGUUUAUGAGGUCGUGAAUAAGUUGAACAUUCCCAAUUUGGGUUUCAAGUUCGUUGAAUUCAGUAGACACAAGUUGCACAUGAGUCACCCUUAUUUGACGUAUAAUCUGCUCUUGAGGUCACUUUGUCGAUCGAAUCUUCACAGUGCCGCGAAAUUGGUGUAUGAUUGGAUGAGGUGUGACGGGCAGAUUCCUGAUAAUUGGUUGUUAGGGUUUUUGGUUUCUUCGUAUGCCGCUGUUGGUAGGAUAGAUAUUUCGAAGGAACUGCUUGCGGAUGUUCAAUGUAAUUGUAAUGUUGGAGUCAAUGCUGCUGUGUAUAACGACUUGUUCAAUGUUUUGAUUAGGCAGAGUAAGGCACUUGAUGCUGUUUUUCUGUUUAGGGAGCUUGUCAGGUUGCGGUAUAAACCCGUGACCUACACAGUCAAUAUUUUAAUGCGAGGGUUGUGCAGGGCCGGGGAAAUUAGCGAGGCUUUUAAGCUUCUUGAGGAUAUAAGGAGUUUUGGUUGUUUGCCAGAUUUAAUUACGUAUAAUACUCUUAUUCAUGGUUUGUGUCGGAUUAGUGAGGUGGAUAGAGCUAGAAGUUUGCUAAAGGAAGUUUGUUUGAAUGGGGAGUUUGACCCUGAUGUUGUUAGUUACACGACGAUAAUAUGGGGUUAUUGCAAGUUGGGUAUGAUUGGGGAGGGGACUUUGCUUUUUGAUGAAAUGAUUAGAUCUGGAACUUUGCCUAAUACGUAUACCUUCAACGCUAUUAUUGAUGGAUUUGGGAAGUUGGGUGACAUGGCCUCUGCACAAGCCAUGUAUGAGAAGAUGCCUGUUAAUGGUUGUCCACCUGAUGUUGCUACUUUCACUUCUUUAAUCAAUGGGUAUUUUCGAGUUGGGAAGGUGCACCAAGCAAUGGACAUGUGGCAUAAAAUGAACGACAAAAAUAUUUGUGCGAGUUUAUAUACAUACUCUGUUCUUGUUAGUGGCCUUUGCAAUAAUAACAGACUACACGAAGCUCGGGAUAUUUUGGCACUGUUGAAUGGGAAGGACAUUGUUGCACAGCCAUUUAUCUAUAAUCCUGUUGUUGAUGGAUAUUGUAAAUCCGGCAAUGUUGAAGAGGCUAAUAAAGUUGUAGCAGAAAUGGAAAUGAAUAGAUGCAAGCCGGAUAAGUUAACAUAUACCAUUCUUAUUAUUGGGCAUUGUAUGAAAGGGAGAAUGCUUGAAGCAAUUAGUAUCUUUGAUAAGAUGUUGGCUGUUGGUUGUGCCCCGGAUGAAAUCACUGUAAAUACUUUAAGAUCCUGUCUUUUGAAGGCUGGAAUGGCCCGUGAAGCUGCCCGUGUUACGGAGGUUAUUGGUCAGAACCUGCUCUGCAGUACUUCAUCAUUGAAGAAAUCUUAUAACAAAAGCACACAUGAAGAUGUUCCUGUUGCUGUUAUUGAAGUGAUAUUGCAAACCAGUGGUUAGACGGGCCUUCGACCACUUCCACCAUAUACGUUGAGUGCUGGGUGCACGUGUCUCCAGUGUGGAUCAAAGUAAUGCUAUCAUCAGAGGCAGAAUGUCUCUUUUUUUCCUGGAGAUUGUAUUUACAUUGCAUGGUCAUUCUCUUCCAAGUUUCAGCUGGUUAUUUUUGAACCCGGAGUUAGGUAUACUCUAGUUAACUUUGAGUUGAUUUUUCAUUUUUCAUGGUCUCAGCCAGUCUCAAGCUCAAGUAAAUGAGGAGGAGACUUUAGUUAGGCCUUUGACAACCGACAUAAAACUUCUCAAAAUCCCAAACACGGAUUUUUCAUUGUCCUCUGGAUUUUGAAUUUUGUUUCUUACUUGAAAUAGAUUUUAUCCAGUCUUUUCUUUUGUAAACUGUAGUGCUAGUUAAUUGAUUUUCUUGUUCAUAUGGAAGUGCAUUUACUUGAUAGUAUACUGAAUUCUACUUGAAAGAAAUUAAAUAAAAUGAAAUGUCAAGCUCUUUUUUCUUGUAAACUUUACAGUAAAUAUACUAUAUUGUACAAAGAUAGGGGAAGUAUUAUCGAGGAUUUGAUGAGACAAAACCUUUGAUAAGAGAAAAAUUAAGGAAAUUAUUGUCUUCUUAGGCUCAAAAGUUGGUAACAUGCAGGAUAGAAAGUGGUUGUAUAACAAAAUUCUUGAACAUUGUUGUCAUCUAUGAUUGUGUGGAAAGAUUUGGGCCGAAAUGCAAGGAAUUCUGUAAUACUACAGUUCAUUUGCAAAAAGCCUCCUGUCGUUCGAAACUCAAUAACACAAUUCCUUGUUCUUAAGUAAAUUCUGUGUAUUGACUCAAUACAGGCAGUUUUCUGCACAUGGAUUAGUGGUUAAAAUCACUCUGCAAGAUCUGGUAAGUUAUGCCUCUUGAGUUACUGAGUUUUGAGCCAUAUGGGAAAUUUGUAUCCGUUUGCAUUUGACAAAGUAUUUAAUAAUGGGGUUUCUCCGCAAGAUGCUUAUAUUGAGAUAUCUCAAUUGGUACAAAGGGCGCUUGAUGGGUUCUAUCUAGGUGAUUUUAACUUGCCACUUUUGGCUCAUUAUUUUAGACAGAACUAAUGCAUAGAAAAUAGGUAAAAAUGGAGUAUGAAAACUUCAAAACAUUAAAGCUGUAUCUGAAUUUCUUUUGAUUUUGGAUCAAUAUGGAUUUUAUUUUUAAUAUUUUGUGCUAUUUUAUCUCUUAGAAAUUAAAUGAAGAAUGAAUAAAUUCUGAAUUUUGGUGCAGGCUUAUGUUCUAGGAUACCCACCAAACCAAUGGGAAAUAGUUUGCUCACAAAUGUAGACUUCUAUUUGAUGAAGAGAGAGAGGAGAUAUAUCCCCAUUACUUGGAUGCGAGACGAGGACAACCCCGCCAGCUUCUUGCAAGAAGCAUUUACAAAAUCUUGUGCAGAGAGGUAGAGAAGGAACUAACAUACAAAAGAAUGACCUUAACCACAGGUCCAACAUGAAGGUUUUAGAGCAUCUCCAUUUCGACGUGUUUAAUGUUAAACAUAGAUUUUUCCUGGUUUUGACGUUGGAGAUGAAUAAAGUGGGGAGUUGUUUUACCGUACCUGAGACAUCGGUUUUGGUAGAAAGCAACUCCUGCAUUCCAGCGUGUAUAACAUGGGGAAUCACACAAGGAUCAGGGGAAUCAAUUCUAUUGGGGUAAACAAAUGCUUGAAAAGUAAAAAGUGAAAAUAAGUGAUAUGUAUCAAUGGAAGCUAUAGAAAAACGAAACAGCUUAAAGAAGAUUCUUGAAAUGGAGAUACGUAUUUGUCUUUGGUUA